CUGCGUAUACUAACCUAACCUAACCAAAUAAUUUUUCAGUAUUCGCGGUACUGAUGCUUUAACGGCUUUAUAUUAUCAUUGGAACAUGUAGUGUUGUAUGCUUUUGUAUAUACAUGUGCAUUUUGUGUGUAUAUCAUUUUGAAUCAUUGCACGAAAAUCAUUGGAUUGAAAACACAAAAAUUUACUUUAAGCAACUUUAAUCACAUAUAUAUAUAAUAAUGGAGCAGGACUUGAAAGCUAAAGUUGAUCAAGCUUGUCGUACUGCAGAAGAAUUUACAAAAUUGUAUUAUGAAUAUUUAGACAAACGAAGAUAUCUGAUUUCAAGAAUGUACAUGGAUACUGCUAAUUUAAUAUGGAAUGGAAACGGUGUAACAAGCAAAGACAAUAUACAGAAAUUCUGGACAGAUCUACCGACUUCAGAACAUGCUAUUCAUACUCUGGAUGCUCAGCCAAUUACAGGUCCAGAAGUAGCCAAUCAAUUAACGUUUCUCGUCAAGGUCGGCGGUCAAGUAAAAUACGACGAGAAGUGUUCAAAGCCAUUUAAUCAAACUUUUUUAAUUACGGCUGUGGGCGAUAAAUGGAAAAUUGUGAGCGACUGUUUUCGAGCGCAAGAAUUAUUAGACAGCGUUACAAGCUAGCUAUAUUAUAUUAAAUAGAUGUAUUAACAUCAUAAUAAAUUUAUUUUACACUGUGAUAAAGAGCUUAAUAUUUUAAAAAAUUUUGCUCCUUUAAUUGGUAUAAUGUGAUAGCUAACAUACAUAUAAAUACAUACGUAUGCAUAUAACUUAAAAUCAAUUAUAUUUAUUUAUGUAACAAUAUAAUAACGAAAUAGCAAUUUAGACAAGUACAUAUUGCUAUUAGAGAUAAAAUGUACAAAUUUAUCUGUUAGAAUUGACUCGCUAUCAUUGUUUAAAUAAAUCUUAAAAAAA